CCAGCGAGCAGAAGUUAGCUCGCCAAUUGUCACGCUAGCGUCUGUCACGCUAGCUGUCGAUUGUGCCCAAAAAUCCUACGCAUGAAUUUCCCGGAGGAGGAAGAGGCCAUUUUGGCGUACUGGAAGCGGAUCGACGCGUUUCAGACGAGCGUGAAGCUCAGCUCGGGAAAACCAGAGUACACAUUCUAUGACGGACCACCUUUUGCCACUGGAUUGCCUCACUACGGGCACAUUCUCGCCGGUACGAUAAAGGACACUGUGACUCGGUAUGCGCAUCAAACCGGGCACCGGGUAUCGCGUCGAUUCGGGUGGGACUGUCAUGGAUUGCCGGUGGAGUACGAAAUUGACAAGGCUCUAGGACUGAGCUCUCGGGAUGAGGUUUUGGCCAUGGGAAUCGGUACCUACAACUCGCAUUGUAGGAGCAUCGUCCAGCGAUAUACGGGCGAAUGGGAGACCGUAGUGACGAGGCUUGGUCGAUGGAUCGAUUUCAAAAAUGACUACCGAACGAUGGAUGUCAACUUCAUGGAGUCAGUAUGGUGGGUCUUCAAGACAUUAUUCGACAAGGGCCUCGUGUACAGGGGAUAUAAGGUCAUGCCAUAUUCAACUGCGUGUGCAACACCUCUAUCAAACUUCGAGGCCGGUCUGAACUAUAAAGAUGUGUCAGAUCCUGCCGUUGUCGUGUCUUUCCCACUUGUUGACGAGCCAGCAACGAGUCUCGUGGCAUGGACGACGACACCGUGGACCCUGCCAUCGAACCUUGCGCUUUGUAUCAACGAGCAAUUGACCUACGUAAAGGUCCGUGCUGUUUCGGAGCAAAAGGUAUACAUUGUUGCGGAGGCGCGGCUUGUGCAGCUUUUUCCUAUACUCGGUUCCAAGAAAUUCAAAAAAGGCAGCGAAUCAAAAAUUUAUGAGAUCCUAGAAUCCUUUCCGGGCGCAAUACUAAUUGGACGUAAAUACCAGCCCCUUUUCGACUUUUAUGACACCGCGGAGCGGCGUGCAUGUGCCUUCAAAGUUGUCGCAGACAGUUACGUGAGCAGCGACGCCGGCACAGGUAUCGUACACCAAGCACCCGCCUUCGGUGAAGAUGACUAUCGUGUUUGCGUCGAGCACGGCGUGAUUGACGUCAAGAAAGGUGGUGAAGACAGCCUCCCUUGUCCAGUAGACGCCAAUGGCCGCUUCACCUUGCCCGUAAGUGCGGAGCUCCUGGGCGUGCACGUCAAAUCCGCCGACGCGGCCAUCUGCGCAUCUCUCAAGGAGAAGGGACGUCUUGUGGUCAAAGAGGCUCAUGAACACAGUUACCCAUUCUGCUGGCGCUCAGACACGCCCCUCAUAUAUAAAGCUGUUCCCUCCUGGUUUGUAGCGGUGGAAGCAAUUAAGGAUAAGCUCAUCAAGAAUAACGCACAGACCUACUGGGUUCCUGCCUCUGUCAAAGAGAAACGUUUUCACAAUUGGCUGGCAGAUGCCAAGGACUGGGCCAUAUCCCGGAACCGAUUUUGGGGCACUCCAAUACCGCUCUGGAUUUCUGAUGAUUUGGCUGAGAUGGUGGCCGUGGGCAGCGUUGCAGAACUACGGGCUAGGUGCAGACUCCCAGACGGGUCUGAGAUCCCAGCAGAUUUCUGCGACUUGCAUCGUGAAAAUGUGGAUGAUCUGUUGAUUGCAUCUCCGACCCGUUCAGAUGUUGUACUGCGGCGCGUCGACGAAGUCUUCGAUUGUUGGUUUGAAUCCGGAUCAAUGCCUUACGCCCAACUGCAUUAUCCAUUUGAAUGCAACGAGGAGCAGUUUGCGAAGAAAUUUCCAGCCGACUUUAUAGCAGAGGGCCUUGACCAGACACGAGGCUGGUUCUACACGUUAAUGGUAAUCUCAACAGCACUAUUUGACAAACCCGCCUUCAAUAACCUCAUUGUGAAUGGUCUCGUCCUCGCCGCGGACGGCAAAAAAAUGUCCAAGCGUCUCAAAAACUAUCCUGAUCCAACUCUUGUCGUCAAUGCACACGGGGCCGACGCGCUCAGACUCUAUCUCAUCAAUUCGCCUGUGGUCAAGGGCGAGACGCUCAAAUUCAUGGAGUCUGGGGUGCGCGGUGUCCUCCGUGACGUCCUUCUGCCCUGGUUCAAUGCCUACUGCUUCUUUGCACAGCAGGCGGCUCGAUUGGAGAUGCAUACUGGGACGGGACUAAUGCGAGACGAACGCUGUGCCAGAGCUUCCACGAACGUUAUGGACAUAUGGAUCACUGCGAAUCUCGAGGGCCUCGUUAAAUUCGUCCAUGAAGAAAUGAAAGCUUAUCGCCUCUACACUGUCGUACCACGGAACUGUGCCAGAGUCCCCUUCCUGGGAGACUUGACAAAUUGGUACGUGCGCCUCAACCGAUCUCGGCUAAAGGGUGCAGAUGGCGAGGGUUCCACAUGCGUCUCUUUGGCCGUUCUCUACGAGGUCCUUCUCAAAAUGGCGGUUGUUAUGGCUCCAUUCACUCCGUUCUUUGCAGAGUAUCUCUAUCAGCAAUUGCGAAAACGGCUAAUUGCCUUUACUAGCGUGAGCGCGGCACCGGAUACAGUUGGCAAGGCUGACAGUGUCCAUUAUGUCAUGCUCCCACAAGCUGACAGCUCGAAGCUUGAUGAUGGCGUCGUCAUGGGAAUGAAUCUACUGCAGCGUGUUGUUGAGCUUGGCCGCCGCGCACGCGAAGCUGCCAAUAUUUCGAUGAAAACGCCUGUCAAGGAAGUGAUGGUGGUCUGUGGUGACGUUAGAGCCCUCUCUGCAAUUCAGGGACAACUUGAGUCGUACGUCCUUGAGGAGCUCAAUGCCUGGGGCGUUUCGUUUACAAGCGACGUCGAUACAUGGUGCUCAGUUUCUGCCCUACCCAACUUACCUAUCCUUGCAAAGCGACUCGGUAAGAAGAUGAGCAUUGCAACCGCCAUCAUAAAGAAUCUUGACUCAACUGCGCUCCGUAACUACAGCAAGGUUGGUGAGCUCAACAUUGAUGUGGAUGGGCUAUCUCUCCAGCUUGUUGCCGGCGACCUCAUCGUCAAAUCUACCUUCGCCGGGGAUGAGACGAAGUACGCGGCUAUGACCACGCUAGAUGGUGCCCUCACUGUUGCCAUAAGUACGGUACAGGAUGACACUCUUCGUCGGCAAGCGAUUGCUCGCGACGUCUGCAACCGCGUCAAUAAGCUCCGUAAAAAGGCCAAGCUCAAUAUUGCUGACAAGGUCGAUGUUUUUUUUGCUGAUCUCGACCCGGCAGAAAAUACCGAUGGCUUUAUUUCUACCGCCGCAGCUCUCGCUUGCAACAAACCUCUUCUUGAUAAAGCCAAGAUCGUUCCAAUACCAUAUGCGAACUGCUGUGGACAGGUGAUCAUCAGCGACACUAGUGGCACCGCCUUUGGAUCGAAGUGUCUUAAGAUUGCCCUUGCUGCACCUGCACUUUCACUAUCGCCCACAAUCAAGAAAAGGCACGAGGAGGAUGCUGUCAUUCAAACUCUGAUUGCCUCCUGCGCGCUCCACAGAAAGGAAUCUCUUCAAGGGACUUUAUCUGGCACGGCGUUCAACCUUGACGUCGGUGCCGAUAUCUUUUCAAGCGCGACUGCCGCUUACCUUGCCAUGUAGCCACGGUGCAUGCUGUGGUAUCAAGACAAGCAAGUUCACAUGUUCACAAGUCUCAGCUUUUGCAGUAGUCAUCCAAACAAGAAUUAUCAUGACGAGCGUUUGCGAAUGACUUACCCGCUACCUCCUAGGUAUCCUAAAUGGGAUUUUGUCAGACGGACCAACUGGUGACUCCCAGAUCAUUCCCCGUCGGCCCUGACCUACGGGGUCACACGGCCCGUUCAGCCCCCCGCCGCGUGCGCCUUCGUAUCCACAGGCCCCAUUCCCUAACUAAGACCAGACUAAGACCCCCAGUUUCCCCCG